UUGAAUUCUCUUUAAUUUGAAGGCAUAUUGUGGACUUUUUUUUUUAUUUUUUUAAUAUUAAUUACUGCGUCGAAGCCAUAAACAAUAACAAUUUUGAUACAUUUUGGUCAAUUGGGUUGGAAUCUGAGUCGAAUCUUACUCAAAUACGGCUUCAAUAACAUUGAUCUGCAACUGGUUUUUGUUUGAAUCGUAAGAAAAUUGGGCUCAAAACCCAGAUGUCUCCUUCAUAUGGAAGUAAUUCAGGUGGAGGAGGAGGAUCAAAUACUAGAAAUUAUAUCGAACAUCACGUGUCCAAGAUGGACACUCUUGCUGGUGUCGCCAUCAAGUAUGGUGUCGAGGUGGCUGACAUCAAAAGACUGAAUGGGUUGGCUACAGAUCUUCAAAUGUUUGCUUUGAAAACAUUGCAGAUACCAUUACCAGGAAGACAUCCACCAUCUCCUUGUUUUUCUGACGGUUCUUCUUCUUUAGGAGAAAACAAUAAAGAAAGGACUCCUCCUCGACACAGCUAUUCUAAUAUUUUGGAUUCAUUUGAGUCUCUAAGAAUAAAAUCAUCUCCACAGAAGGUAUCUCCUGCUGCAAGACCUGUACAGAAGGUCUCUCCAGCUAUGAGCACUUUACAGAAUUACUAUGGCCUCAAACCUCAAAAUCACAAGGGUGCUUCUGAAGACAUGGAGAUGGCAGUUUACAGAACCAGGUCCAGCAGUUCAGAUUACCUGAAUGAAGAACUGCUUGCUGAAACCUCGCCAAUGUCUGAUCUUUUUUCAAUCCGCCACCAAGAGCCAAGACAAGCUGAUGGAUUUGUUCAUGAGAAUGGUGCAAUGUCUGACUAUGUGCCUCUUGCUGAAGCGGGAGAGUCAGAGGGGGAGAAAUCCAAUGAAAAGUCUGUUCGAAGGCGUCAGAAAGCUGAAGCUGAUACACCUGAAAGGUUAUUGAAAGAAGAAAAUGGUGGUGGAAGCAAUGGGUUUUCAUCUGUAACAGGAAAGGGUUUGGCCAUGAGGCCAAAAUCAGCCAGUCGAAUAGCACUGGCCACUGAUUCAGAGUCGGGCUGGCUGAAUACUAUUCCGGUGGGCUUGGGAGAUUCUGUAAUUACUGAUGGACCUGUUGGGGUCCGUAAAUCAUCAAGCACGCCAAGCUUCCAGGACCAGGAUAGCAGUAGUUCAUCCAUUUGGCCAACUUCGAAAUGGAGUUUAAAACCUGACUUGCAGGCUCUCUCAACCGCGGCAGCUAUCACAAGACCUCUCUUGAAUGGCUUACCAAAGCCUGUAACUGGUCGCAGGGGUAAAGCUGCCCUUGAUUAGUUAUGCUCUAGCACUUUGGUGAAAUCAUUUCUUUUCUUCGCUUUGAUCUUGUGGAAUAGACUUUCUCAGCACAGUCUACCACACCGCCACAAUUCAUAGCUGCAAAGUGUAUUUAAAAGGUAAAGCCUGAAAAAACAGUAGCUAAAAUGAAUACAAAUAGAGAUUUCUGUUCCAUUUCAAACGGUUUUGCAAUGUCAGAUGUGCAUGGUAUGAAUGUGAAUAGUGACUAGACUGAAGCAGCAGCUACAUCAGCAUCUGGAGAAUAUUAUGCAAUGAAGAGGGUAUGCAUCUCUCUUUCUUACUUCUUUUAAUUUUUUUUGUCCAGAAAAAUAAUUCACCCAUCGGGGAGCAGUUUAAACUUAGAUUAGUGAUGCCAACAUCUUAUUUUAUCGGUGAAUCAAUUAUACGUGUUUCGUUGUUUUGAUUCUUCAUCUGAUCUGCCGCUACCCAAAUGUAUAAUUUGGUGCUCAUUUGAAACUCUGUGAGAUAAUGUAUAAUGAAUUCCUUGAAUCGCAUUUAUUGAUGAAUAAAUCCCCAUAAUUUAUUGAAUCUAAA